AUGCGUCUCACUCCAUUCAUCUUCGUGGCAUCAGCCACAGCCCUUCCCGCCAUUUUCCGCUCCCGAGCACUCUUACCCGAGAUAUCCCUUCCAAUCGACUACUCUUUUGGCGUCCGGAUACCAACAUCUUCCAACCCAUCAUCAUCCAACCCUCUAGCACUCCUCGUGAACGGCUACACAGUCAAAAUCCCACUCAUUGCCAGUUCAGGUAGUCUCGUCUCAUGGAUAGCCAACUAUGCAGACGGCAAGCCAUACAACACACAGUUCACUUCCAUCAACCCCUCAGCACCUAGGAACAUCACCACAGACUCAGAUUCUACCUCGCAACAAGGUGGCAACAGCGUCUCAAAUGCAACAGCGUUAGCAGAUGGACGACAAGCUCGCGUGAUCACAACAUCUUUCUCCUCAGGCAACGCCGCGUCUGCCGCUGCCGCUGCCCUCGACGGCACAGACUCGGAUUCCACAUCCUCAUCCGGUGCCUCAAACAGCACAGCAGUCGCUACAACCAAUGCCUUGGGUGAAGUUCUCAUCUUCACCUCCGCCAACACUGCCAACGCCCUAAACUCGCAAUCUAUCAAGAAUGCCAAAGGCGCCGAGGCAGCCUCGUCCUGCGCCGCCGACUCCGGGCCUGCUGCGUCCGCACAAGCAGAGCAGGUCAACAGUCUCUACAUUCCCGUCGACACUUCUCCAGACGGCAAGGAAACACAAUGGGUGAAGAGUUCUGCGUAUGCGGCGUGUGCGGCGGGUGUGGAUGCGCCGAAUCAGGGAGGUGGUUCGAGCUCGGGAAGCCAGUCUACUCUGACGGGCGUGAAGAGCAGUGUUACUUGUAAUGGGGCGACGAGUACUGAUCAGACAAAGAGUACGACAUACAAGGUUAGUGUGAAGGGGCGGUAUACAUUGUUAAAGGGGUUUAAUGGUGCGGUGGGUGGGCAGAGGGUUGCGGAUAGUAAGAGUCAGUGUUAG